GCGAUUGUUGUCAAUGACAGGCUGAAUCUAAAGUCAUGGCGUUGAUCAGCAGAAGUUGUUGUGCUGCGGGUCGAUAUUCUUCUAAUCAUCUGUUUUUACCAUCAAAAUGCUUUGAGGCGUCUAAUGUUUACUACUGUAACAGAUUGACCACUGCUGCUAACACAUCCACAAUCACCGAGAGGAAGAAAGACAUAAAAGAGGAUGGGCUGAACCUCCAGGACUUCAUAUCAGGAGAACUGUCAGAAAAGAGCACGUGGGAGGAAUACAGAGGCAACCUGAAGAGAGAGAAGGGAGAAAGGCUAAGGCUACCACCAUGGCUAAAGACAGAGAUUCCUAUAGGAAAGAACUACAACAAACUGAAGAACACACUUAGAGAACUGAACCUACACACAGUCUGCGAGGAGGCCCGUUGUCCAAACAUUGGGGAAUGCUGGGGGGGAGGAGAGUAUGCCACUGCCACAGCAACUAUUAUGUUAAUGGGGGACACAUGCACACGUGGCUGUAGGUUUUGUUCCGUUAAAACGGCGAGACGUCCUCCACCUCUUGACCCUGAUGAGCCAUAUAACACAGCUAAAGCCAUUGCUGCAUGGGGACUGGACUAUGUAGUCCUCACAUCAGUGGACAGAGAUGACAUUCCUGAUGGUGGAGCUGAACAUUUAGCAAAGACCGUCUCCAGCCUUAAAGAAAGGAACCCUAAAAUCCUGGUAGAGUGUUUGACUCCUGAUUUCCGUGGUGAUCUGGCAGCAGUGGAGAAAAUUGCGUUGUCUGGGCUUGAUGUUUAUGCUCACAAUAUAGAGACAGUUAGAGAACUACAGAGGCAUGUGCGUGACCCCCGUGCAAACCUUGACCAAUCACUGAGUGUUUUACGACAUGCUAAAAAAGCGAAAUCCAGUGUGCUCACAAAGACUUCCAUCAUGUUGGGUCUCGGAGAGACAGAUGCACAGAUACAUGCUGUUCUUAAGGAAUUGAGGGACUCUGGAGUUGACUGUCUAACACUGGGCCAGUACAUGCAGCCAACCAAACGCCAUCUCAAGGUGGAAGAAUAUGUUACUCCUGAGAAGUUUGCUCACUGGGAGAAGGUUGGCCAGGAGAUGGGCUUUGUCUACACAGCCAGUGGGCCACUUGUGCGCUCCUCUUACAAAGCAGGCGAGUUCUUUUUGAAGAAUCUGCUGGAAAAGAGAAAGACUGAAGACACCACAGCAGCAGCAGAGUAAAACUGCUGACCAUCACCUGUCUGUCCUUUCUCUUUCCCUACAGUAUAAACACUAUUAAAGGGACAGUUCACCCAAAAAUAAAAAUUCUGUAAUCAUUUACUCAUCCAGGUAUCAUUUAUUUUUAGCCAUACAGGUUUGGAACAACACAAGUUAGCGAGUAAAUGUAAAUUUUCAUUUUGGGGUGAACUAUUCCUUCAAGUAUACAUAUAAACACAGUAAAGUAUACAUAUACACAAUAAAAUUGUUGCAAUAACAUUCUUUAAAUGAACAUAUUUGAUUGUUUUAGAAAUGGAUUAACGAUCUGUAUAUUGUGCAUCAUCUAAGUAAUAUAAAUAGAAUAUGUUAAAUUUAAACUUGUGAAAAUACAUGUCAAUUGUGCAUUUUCUUGUUUUAGCCAUGGUUGUCUUCCAUAUUUUAAGUCUUUGAAAUGAAUAGAUGACAGUGCUUCUUUGA